CUUCUUUUUCUCGACUCUCCAGCAUCCCCAUAAUUAAUGGCCUCGGUGUGCAAAGAAAGGCGGGAUUUCCGACGCUCCUUUUACAGUAAACCACUUUGAACGUUCAAAUAACCCUCAGAGUUAAGUCUCUAUCAGUCCCAACAUUUAGAAACAGAAUCGAAAAAGUCCAAGAGUGAAUUGGGUCAGUGGGGGUGAGGGUGGGUGAGUGAGGGUCGGCGACUAUCCCCAAUGAAGAAUGUCGUGUAGACACUAAAGCGCAUGCAAUUAAGAAAUAAUCGCACUAAUUAAGAAUAACGAUAAUUUGAAUGAAAUUUAUAUCAAUGACGCGUCGGAAUGGCGGGACGUUUGAAAGAAACGGCCCGCCAAUUGGGAAGCAGGCCUCAUGAAGGCCGCGUCCCCCGGUGUUUUGCUGAGUCAUGGUGUGUCGAGUCAUGAAGACACGUACGCCCCUGGAGGACUUCGGGAAUCUGUUUUGGUUUUAGUUCUACCUUUCCCAUCUGUAGAAGGGCUUUGGGUCUCGACUCGUUCAACAUGAGGUCUAAUCUGAAAAGCCUGAGGUUUAGUAAAAAGAAAAUGUAUUGAUACAUUUUCUGUUGUACAUUAAAAUGAUACGAUAUAUACAUAGAGAAAAAUGCUUUAUGGUAACCAACAUUUGCGUAGCGAUGCGCUGCUGUUUGAUUGCCCAGUUGAAUGAUUUUUCAAAUCUAUGGAAACCACUGCUGGCCUUAACGAAGGAUUCACUCCGAAUCCUGUUCGUCCACACGUCAGGGAGAGGACUUCAUCAAGAGUGUAAAUAAAACAUUUAAAUGUCUGUACCGACUGUGGCCAGCAGAGGGCAGCAACUACACACGAAUCAACGACCAAUGUCAUAAUUGUGUUUAAUUACUUAACCCUCAUAGGGUGUUCGUUUUUUUGUUACACAGGAGGUGCUGCUGGGUCUGGUGGACCCAUUGCAUUUUAGGCCUUUUAAUUCAACAUAAUCUAACUUUUUUUUAAAAUACUCACCAAAUGGUUACUUCAACCCAAUUGCAAGUAAUAUAAACAACACCUAUGUUAAAUUUGUUCCCUUUAUCUUUGUUAAAUCACAUUUAUGAAUAGAGGUGCCACUCGUUUUGGUUUAUUUUCGUAUUAGCAUGUAAUAAAAUAAGGAAAUGCAUCAUAAAACAGGCAUAACUGGGAAAUUUAUAUACUGGUAUAUUGUGUUUUAUAUUAUUAUGUAAUAUGCAUAUUGUGUAUUUCUCUUUUACGUUUCGGAGCUGGCUGAUGCUGAUCCUCCUCUUCAAACUCAGUGUCAGACUCUGAAUUUUCAGAAAUGUUAUCCUCACUUUCUGAAACUGUUUCCUCUGCAUCACCAUCAAAACCCUCUGUCUCUUCAAAUAUCAACUGUAAGGCAGUCUGAACAGAGAAUCGCUUUGCCAUCUUGAUCAGUUGUGGUAUGGAACCACGCUGACAGAGAUGUUUUAUAGUGUCCGAUCCCCAAGCUUGGUUCCCGCAAGACAGAGGGUGAAAUGUGUGGGAAUAUGGGUGUAGAUAGUGUUGGGUGCUCCAAUAUUGCAACCUUGUGCCGGAACAGUGGGUGCUCAAACCAAGGGCCCAUUCACCUGCUUUACUCUCCACGCACACACACACACGCACGCACACACACACACACACACACACACACACACACACACACACACACACACACACACACACACACAGAGAGGAGAAAGGGAAAAUGAGGGUGCACAGAACCUAUGAUUUCCACACUUAAACUAGCUCCGGGUCCAUUGGACCCGAACACCCUGUGUGUAAUAUAAAUGUGAUGGGGGGGUAUACAGGGGGGGGUCCUUGAAAAUGUUUUCUGAUUUAUGUUCCUCACAGAAAAUGAGCCAAAGCCAAUGAAUCUUAGUUCAAAAAAAUAAUUAUUUGUAUCACUUUUAUAAAGCUAAAAACUGAAAAAGGGUCCCACAGACCCGAACACCUUAAGGGUUAAAAAAACAGGUUGGUUUGCAGGGUUAUAUACAUCAUUUAUUUGCUACAGUGUGUAUCAUCCUGAAGGAACAAUCUGUGAUAGCUUGUGUAACUCCAAAAAAAAAAAAGUAUAUAAAUUGAUUGAAAAAUCUAACCGUUUUUGAGACUGCAUUACUUCUGUGACAAAUGUAGUUUACAUAAUCAGUCAGUUAAUUUAUUUGGCCAAUGUAUUUAACACAGACUAACACAUUACACUGUGAUCUGUGAUGACCAAUGCCACCAGCGAGUUACACCGCAUCACGUCGCGAAGUUACACCGCCUCACGUCGCGAAGUAGCCAGAGAAAGAGAGGGUGAACACGGCCAACGGCGAAAGAAAAACAGCAUGUUGCUCCAGCCAUCUGGGACCAGUGUUGCCAGAUUGGGCGGGAAAUCUGGUCCAAUCUGGCAACGCUUUCAGAGAUGUGAGGUGUGGAAAAUGAUAUUAUCCGAGUGUUUAAUCAUUGCGUUAUAAUCCUAAAGUAUAGGCCUGCCUACAUGUUGCCUUCGUCUCUGCUGUUAACAUAGAACCGAUCCAAUACGAUCCAGCGUCUAACCGCUCAUUUCUAAUUCAACACCAGUGGUUGUAACUUCUAUUCCGCUGUAAGGCAGCUCUGAUCUCCAGCUGCAGAGUUUUUUUUAUAUAUAUAUAAUAUGUCCAUGGUCCAGGCCUCCCUGUGAACGGGGGCCGCCUCUUCCUCCGGAUCCCGGCCGCCCCAGCAGGUGCGUCUCAUCCCGGUCAUUAGGGGCGGGAUCGAGGCGUGGGGCUGAGGCUCAUCGAAGAGUAGAUGAUCCAUGGAUCGGAGAGGGGUCUUGGGUCUGGUGUGUGAGAUGCUUCGCCUCCCUCCCCUCCCGUUCCCGUUGUGUUAAGAGACGACCCUGCAUGGCUUUGGGAAUCCGUUUGGUCAUACUGUGGGUCUAUCUUUGGGCGGGCGGGUGAUUUAUGUUGUAGGGAUUAGGUUUCCUGCAGCUACAGCCGUUGAGCUGCAGGUUGGAAGUGAUCUUUGUUGUUUAUGUCAACAUAAUCACUACGAGGAUGAUUUUGGUAAUCAUACGUUAUCGUGGCAAUGCAGGUGGAAGCAUGUUGCAUUGAGAGAUUAUUGCUCGCUUCCAGUAUUAAUAGUAGGCUAUUGACAAAGUUAUAAUUGAUAAUUACAGUAUUUUAAUUGGCAUACUCUUGUAUAAUGAUGGCGAUUAUGCAAUGGGCUUUUGAUUCAUUCAUUCAUGUUUUUUUAUGAUCAUUAUGAAUAUUAUUUAUGCAUCCAUCAUUAAUAACAAUCAACCAUCAUUUAUUACAAUCUGGUUAUAGUAAUUCGGAAUGAAGCUGUCUGUCUAAAGCAGCCUAUAACUGCAUGCGGACAAUCAGGUGUCUCCAGGCUUGCGGUCCUGAAUGCAUAAGACUACACUUCCUGGCAUGCAUCGGGGGAACACGGAGCGAUCUGGACAGGGAGGCUGAGCGCCAGCCUAUGAGGGAUCGUGAUCAGCGUUGCCAGAUUGGGCCCGGUUUCCCGCCCAAUCUGGCAACCCUUGGUGCAGUGCAGGUUGCCAGAUUGGGCAGGAAAUCUGGCCCGAUCUGGCAACGCUUAUCGUGAUUGUGACACGAGCGCAUAAGGAGAACCACCCGACGCUGUAGGGACCCCUGAGCUCCGCGUAGAUUCCUGACCCCCCUUAGUCUCUUGGCCUGACCUCCGACCCCUAACCAUGAACUACCUUCGGCGCCGCCUGUCCGACAGCAGCUUCGUGGCCAACCUGCCCAACGGCUACAUGAUGGACCUCCAGCGGCCGGACCCCCCAGGGGGCACCCCCCCCACCUCCUCCACCCCCACCUCCUCCACCCCCUCCACCUCCACCCCCGCCUCCCCGGCCAUGGAGCGGCGCCAGCCCCCGGGCCAAGCCGCGGAGCAGCCCCCCCACACCCCUCCCCCGCCCGCCAAGGCCGCCACCCCCGCCCCGUCCGCCGCCAAGGCUCCUCCCACCACCACCACUGGCCCCGCCCCCGCCCCGGCCGUUACCGCGGCGCCGGCUCCGUCCUUUGGGGGCGGCGGAGGCGGCUUCCUCAGCUCCUUCUCCAGUGUGGUAAAGAGCGCGCAGUUGGCGCAGAACGUAGCCGCCGCCGCGCAGGCUAGGACCGCCGCUGCCGCCGCUGCUGCCGCCGCCGCGGAUGCUAAGCCCGUCGUCCGAAAGCCCAAGAUCCUGCUGGUCAUCGACGGAGCGCACACCGACUGGUGA